CUCCCAUGCGCUGUGCGCACAACCGCAUUCUUUUCUUCCCGCAAAACCAAACCCCCGCCUCUUCCCCGGCCACCUCAACACCAACGUGCAACACUUCAAUUCAGUGACCGCAUGCACCCGAUAACUGUCACACCACCAACACGAGAGCUCCAGUGGUAUAUCUCAACGUGAUUCAAGUCCGAUCGUUACCAUUCUCUCUUUCUUGCCACGUUCAACUCGAUCUCAAUCCAGCUUGAUUUACAAUGGCAGACCAUGCCGCAGCAACUCCUUCACCCCAGCCCGAUUUGACUCGGAACCGUCUGCCGACUCUGUUCGAGGUCCUUAGUCGGCGGACUCUCCCUCCUGUCGAUCUAUUUUCCUUCUACAUCUACAUGAGGGAUCAGCAGCGCUCUGUUGACUACCUCGACUUCUGGCUCGAUGUCGCACAGCACAUGUCGCUCUGCCGCCACUAUGUACGUGAGCUUCGUCGCUCCGUUCUCGUGAGCACUCCCGACCCCGAAAGAGGCUCUCAGCGAUCGUCGGGGAUCCUUGAAGGCCUCGGCGACAUGAACCAUCCUGUCGCGGGACCGUCAAUGUACGCCUCGGAAAAGGAAAAGGACCAGGAUGCGCAGAUGUCGGCUUUCCUGCGGGAGGAUCGGGGCGAGCAUCACGAGUCCCCGGUAAGCAGCAGUGCUAGGCAGGAGCGUCCAAGCACGACCAUCAGCACCCCGCGCGAUCCCCAGACCGAUUCGAAUUCUCCUCCCCACACGGUCGCUCGGCAGGACAUUAGGGCUUCUGCCGAAAAGAUCCUCUACACGUUUCUCCUGCCAAAUGCCGAACGCGAAAUCACGCUGCCUGGCUCAAUCACUCAAGACAUCAUCACAGCCAUUGAGGAGUUCGGAAGGGACGAUCCGGAGGUGUUUGAUGUCGCCAAGGACUAUGUCUUUCAGGCGAUGGAGCGCGAUGCAUUCCCCGGCUUUCUCAGAAUGAAGGCACUUGGGAACCUCAUUCCGCCGACACUGAUCAUGCGCCUCAUUAUUGGUCUGGUGUCUAUAUUCGGUGGCUUCUGGGCUGCUUUCGUUCUGAUCUUCCUCAAUGAGAGUCGGAUGACGAGACUUUGGCUCAUCCUCCCCUUCACCAUUGGCGUUUACUGCCUUGCCUCUUACCAGUACUCGCUCGACCCGAUCCUCGCUCUCAUUGGUUUCAGCGAAUACACCCCCUUCAACUUCUCCCGGGUGCGGGAGCCGUACGUCCGGAAGCUCAUCUCGCGCCGGGCAGUCAUGGUCCUUACCGUCACGGUUCUCAUCGAUGCGGCCCUCUGCGUUCUCUUCAUCCUGGUUCCUGGCAAGCGGCUCUGAGUGGGGCCCUCAAGUUUAGCUCACGGGAGCUGUGAGCUGGCCUCGCUCCCGACUAAACCAGCCAUUCGGGUGCUGGGAGGAAGAAGUGACCUGAACCAGAGAGCCUUCUUCGUUUACGACCGUCACGACCACCAGGGGCAUUAUUGAGUUUCCGCUGCCUUUUGAACGGAUUGAACCAGGGGCGCAGGUAUUCGUAUAAUUACAGGCGGUGCAGGGUUUAGAGGGAGGACUUAACUGGGUGUUCAGGAUACGGCGUGUUUUGUCAGCAUUUUCAUUCACCAUAGUUCUCAAGCAGCUUGGGUGCGUUCCAUGGAGAUGACAAGCUGUUCUCGUUGCUGUCUGUUUUUCCGUCCUGGCUUUUCAUUGCACUCACCGCCGAUGUACGAUACCAAAUACCCCCGUGUCGUGGGCCAUUCAGUACUUGAGCUAGAGGGAUUGCAUCCCAACGGAGCUAACUGCGCUGGACUUCAUCCUGGUCUUCUUUGACCGAUCAGAGCGAC